AUGUCCAUAUCAAGCUCACUAGGAGCACCAAGUAUUCUAACAGGUGUUUCGAUGUUGAGUACUUCAGAUGUUCGGAGUGGAUUCUAUCUGUUCCCAUGCAUUUCCCAUUCUUCUCAUGAACUCGGCUUGAUCUCCUGGGCUCUGCUCGCCAAGGAAACGGCCGCUGACCCAUCAUUAUAUAAACUUCUGAAACUCACCGAAGAUGCAACCCAAAGCUUCGACCGAAGCGACCUCAACCUUACGACGUACUGGGCAAUCCACGAGUCCAUCUACACACACGAAGGCGUGCUGAUGAAUCAGGAUCGUGUAGUGAUAAUACCCCUGUCACUAAGGAACAGAAUACUACAGCACCUCCAUGCUGCCCAUCAAGGCAUAUCAACAAUGGAACAGCGGGCACGCUCCAUAGUAUACUGGCCAGGAAUGUCGAAGGACAUAAAAAAGGCCAGAGACUCGUGUGCGGACUGCAACAGGAAUGCCCCAUCCCAAGCCGCAACCACACCGAUUUCUUCCCCACCACCAGCGACACCCUUCGAAGCAGUGUUCGCUGACUUCUUUGAUCAUGGUGGCCACCACUACCUCGUUGUAGGUGACCGCCUGUCAGGUUGGGUCGAGGUACUCGGUUCUAAAGCAGGUACGAAUCUCGCAGGAGCAGUGGGUCUCAUCCGACACCUCCGUGCAUUCUUCGCAACGUUUGGAGUACCGGAAGAACUAUCCAGCGACGGAGGGCCCAAGUUAACGGCUGGUCGCACGGAGGCAUUCCUCAAGUUGUGGGGUGUCCGACACCGGAUAUCGUCCGCCUAUUUCCCACAAUCAAACGGCAGAGCAGAGGUCGCGGUGAAGACAGCCAAGCGCCUCCUCAUGUCGAACACUGGUCCGUCUGGGAACCUCGACGACGAUCGUUUUCUUCGUGCGAUCCUCCAGUUACGUAACACCCCUGACGCGGAUUGCAAUAUUUCGCCCGCACAGAUUAUCUUUGGCCGUCCCAUCCGAGACACACUGUCAUUCGUCAAUAAGCUAGAGAAGUUCUCCAACCCACAU